CUACCAUCCUUAUUUUUGUUCUCUUUUUAUAAUCUUAGACAGCUUCGGAUACAAUUGAAUUUGUACACCACCAAUGUUUUGGUGACUAUAUCGGAGUAUCACAUUUUCGACACUAUAUAAUGUGUCACCGCUGUGUUGGUAGAAUGUGAACAGCUGAAUAGUUUUUGGAUAGCCUGCACUGACUCCUCCCACAAUUUUCCCUUCUAUUUUAAUCCUUCAAGUUAGACCCUUUUACUUCUUUUUAUCCACUAGUCUCUCUUCCUUUAUCUUUCAUCAUAUUCAAAUUUCCUCUUAUCUCUUCCCUCUAUAUAAACCACCGUCCAUUUCACCUCUGCUCACAAAGUGGAGCUAUGGCUAUAAACUCUCCCGAAGCAAAAUGGGCACAUCCCAGACCGACCGAAAUCGAACAAGACGAAAUCGAAGAAGAAGGAGAAGAAGAAGCACUGUCACUGUGUGAUCUCCCCAUCAACAAUCAACAAAACCAUCAACCAACAAAAGAAGAAGAAGAAGCUCGACCAAUCAAACCCGAAGAGGAUUUCGAUUUUAAGUCAUUGAUUGGCUCUGUUUUAACACAACCACAAAUGUGCGCUGCGGACGAUGUCUUUUUCCGAGGCCAAAUUAUCCCACUUCGCCACUCUGUAUCCUCUGAAGGCGCCGCCUUCAGCCGGACCCCUAGCCGGUGCAUCUCGCGGUCGGAGUCCAUGGACCGUUUCCACUCAAUAACGGCGCUUAACAGCGUUACUAAUAGUAGAAGUAGCAGUGUUAGGAGUCUCCGUUCGUCCAGCAGCGGCAGCUCCACCACCACCACCACAACAACAACAAAUCACAAGCAUAAAGUCCUCAACCAGUUCCACUCCCACCCGAGUCCGUCGCCCCAGAUCAGGAUACCCAGCUCCCGGUACUCCGGCAACCGGGUCCCGAAAUCUCACAUAUGGAGCUUUUUUCGUGUGGGUUUGGUUCAUACUCCGGAGAUUGAAUUACAAGGCCUGAAAAGCAGGAGUGGAAGUAGAAAUGGUAACAAGAGUGGUUUUGGUAGCCGGAAUAGCAAUAGCAGCAGCAACAGCAGUAACAGUUGUAGUGAGGAGAAGAAGAAGAAAAACAAGCAGAGGUUUUUCGGCAACAAUGGCGGUGGGUUUUUCGGCGGCGGCGAUUGUAAGUGCUCGGUGGAUGCGGUGGAAACAACGAUGCCGUUACGGGUGGUUAUUGUCGAAGAAGAGGAAGAUCAAAAGGAGAAAGGGAAGACGAAGAAGGAGAAGAAGCAAACGGUGUCGCGUCAUCGGACGUUUGAAUGGUUAAAGGAGCUUUCGAACGCAGGCGCCCCAGAUUGAAUUGUCGAUCGGAUCGAGCACUGCAAAGCAUAUGCUUCUUGUUGUUUUCAGCUUUUUGUUUUUACUAUGCUUUUAGAACUUUAGUGCUGUUUUUACUACUACUAGUUUAAACUGAUUGAUUUCAUUUGUUUAA